AUGGCCGCCAUCAUCGACGCCGACGACGUGAUGGAGCCCACCCUCCAGUCCAUCCUCGACCAAAAGUCGCUGCGCUGGAUCUUUGUCGGAGGAAAGGGUGGUGUAGGAAAGACAACCACGUCGUGCUCCCUUGCCAUUCAGCUCGCCAAGGCGCGCAAGUCGGUCCUCCUCAUCUCCACCGACCCGGCGCACAACCUGUCCGACGCCUUCAACCAGAAGUUCGGCAAGGAAGCCCGCCUCAUUGAGGGCUUCACCAACCUGAGCGCCAUGGAGAUCGACCCCAACGGCAGCAUGCAGGACCUGCUUGCGGGCCAGAAUGAGGAGGUGGAUGCCAUGAGUGGUGGCCUCGGUGGCAUGAUGCAGGAUCUGGCAUUUGCUAUCCCUGGUAUCGACGAAGCCAUGUCCUUCGCCGAAGUUCUCAAGCAAGUAAAGUCAAUGUCCUACGAAACAAUCAUCUUCGACACCGCCCCGACAGGCCACACUCUCCGCUUCCUCUCCUUCCCCAGCGUCCUCGAAAAGGCCCUCGCAAAGGUCUCCCAGCUCAGCUCGCAGUACGGGCCCCUCCUCAACGGCUUCCUCGGCCAGGGCGGCCAGCUUCCCAACGGCCAGAACCUCAACGAGAUGAUGGAGAAGCUCGAGACGCUGCGCGAGACAAUCUCCGAGGUCAACACCCAGUUCAAGGACGAGAAUCUGACAACUUUCGUCUGCGUCUGCAUCCCCGAGUUCCUGUCUCUCUACGAGACGGAGCGCAUGAUCCAGGAGCUGGCAAACUACGGCAUCGACACCCACAGCAUCGUCGUCAACCAGCUCCUCUUCCCCAAGAAGGGCAGCAACUGCGACCAGUGCACGGCCCGUCGCAGGAUGCAGAAGAAGUACCUCGAACAAAUUGAGGAGUUGUAUGACGAGUUCAACGUCGUCAAGAUGCCGUUGUUGGUUGAGGAAGUCCGCGGCAAGGAGAAGCUGGAAAAGUUCAGCGAGAUGCUGACCACGCCUUACUCACCGCCCGAAAUGGAUGCCUGA